AUGAACAGACUACAAGCUGAUCCUACCUUAGAGCAGUGCCCUGAUUUUGCCUCAGCGAUUUUUCAAGCCAGUCAGGCCCCUCUCUUAGGUCCCAUGAUUGAUGAUGCUCAAGCAGCUGUCAUUUUACAAACCAUUUGGGUUGCCACCAACAAUGCCCUCAAAACUCAAUGGCAACAACAACUCAAUGCUGAUGUAUUGCAGGCUGAGGAACAACAUUGCAUCCUUGCUGAAGAGGAAGCACAGCAGUUGGCCAUCAAAAGAGUGCAGGAUGCUGUCAUUGCCGAAGAAGAUCAGAAGAAGAACAGAAUCCAUCAUAUUCUGAUUCCAGACUGGCCUCGUCAGAAUCAAGCCACUGAGUCUGUUCUGAUUUCUGAUUUUGUGCUUCAGAAACUUGACAAGGCACAAUACAUUGAACUAUAUUACUGGACCAACCAUGGCCUUGCUGAUGCAAGGACAAACUUUAGGACUAUGGAUGAUGACAGUAUGGUG